AUGGCACAAAGUCAACAUCCCAUCAUCGUGCUUGGCGCCGCAAAUGUUGGCGACGCCAAGGCGGACAAGUUGGUUAAAUAUGAUACCCCUGAAGAAGUCAAAGCCUUCCUCGAUACCUUCUAUGAGCGGGGUGGGCGCCAUCUCGACACAUCCCGUAAUUACUCGCCUGGAGCACCAGGCUCGUCCGAGCCCCGUCUCGCAGCAGCAGACGCCGGGUCCCGCUUCAAUAUUGACACAAAGGUUCUCGGAAUUCCUGGUAGUGGGCCCUUCCACACUGCUCGGCAGAUCAAGGAAAGCAUUGAUGCUUCCGUCGCGGACCUCAAGCUACCGGAGGGCGCCAAGAUUGACAUCAUGUACCUGCAUGUGCCUGACCGUGAGACGCCGUUCGAGGAGGCAUGCGGAGCCAUCAACGAGGCUCAUCAGCAAGGCAAAUUCAAGCGAUUCGGGUUAUCGAACUACACCUCCGACGAGGUUGAAAAGAUAGUAGCCAUUUGCAAGGACAAGGGCUACGUCGUCCCGACCGUCUACCAAGGGCAAUACAACCCUCUGGUCCGGAGCGGGGAGGACACUCUGUUCCCAGUCUUGAGGAAGCAUAAUAUCGCAUUCUAUGCGUACAGCCCGGCGGCCGCAGGUGUCUUCGUGGGGAAUCAGAAGACAGCGCAGUCUGGCAGUCGGUUCGACAGCUCUCACCAUGUUGGGCAGCUCUAUGCAGGCUUCUACUCCAGGCCCAAGGUCGCAAUUGCUGCGGACCAUGCCAAGGAGGUAGCUGCCAAGCACAACAUCAACGGCCACGCGGCUGCUCUCCGAUGGACCACCUUCCACAGCAUACUAGACCGGGCCAAGGGCGACGCGGUCAUCAUCGGCGCUUCCAGUGUUGCCCAGCUUUCUACAAACCUGGACAUCAUUGACCAAGGCCCGCUUCCACAAGAGCUGGCGGAGGUCCUCGAUAACGUCUAUGGACAGCUUGGGGACGAGGCCAUCGAAUAUCACAUGUAA